CAAGAAAAUGGGUGAGACCGCUGCCGCCGUUCACGACGAUGCUGAUCAGAAGAUCAUUAAGCAAUUGGAGUAUUACUUCGGAAACAUCAAUCUUCCAAGAGACAAGUUCCUCCAGGAAAAACUCAAGGAAGACGAUGGAUGGGUCCCAAUUACCACGAUGCUCAAUUUCAACCGCCUAGCCUCGAUCAGCAAGGACACUGAAAAGAUUGCCAACGCUGUCAAGAACUCUGGUUCGGGAAUAAUCAGCGUCUCCGAAGACAACCAGAAAAUCCGCAGAAACGAAGAGAAUCCAGUACCGGAGAACUCGUUGGAGUACUGGCAAAAAAUCAAGCACAGAACUGUGUAUAUGAAAGGAUUCAGCACUGACACCCAAUUGGACGACAUUAUUCAAUGGGCCAAUCAAUUCGGAGAAACCGAGAACGUUCUUAUGCGUCGCUUGAAGCCAGGAGACAGAACCUUCAAAGGAAGUGUGUUCAUCACUUACAAAACUAGAGAGGAGGCCGAAGCCGCACAAAAGGCUGAAGUUAAGUUCGGAGAGACAGAGUUGACCAAGAUGAUGCAAGAUGAGUAUUGGACUCUGAAGAACAAAGAAACCAAGGAAGCUCGUGCUGCAAACAAGGCUGCCAAAUCAGCUAAGAAUACUUCUGAAGCGAUUGAAUCAGAAAAGGCUCAGCACGCUGUCCGUUACGAGAAAGGUCUCAUUCUGGCCGUUGAUGGACUUGGACCUGAUUCAACUAUUGACAGCAUCAAGACUUUCUUCAAAUUGCACGGAUCUGUUGGAUACGUUGCACAUGAAAAUGGAGGCAAAACAGCCGAAAUCCGCUUCAACAAUGACAGCGAAGGAGCGCAGAAGGCCUGGGACAACGCUGUUGCAGCUGGAACUGAUGGAAAAGUCAUUCUUCAAGAGGCUGAGCUCUCCGCACGAGUUUUGGAUGGAGAAGAGGAGGAGAAAUACUGGACAGAGUUCAAUGCCAGAAAGAAUCAGAGGCAAGGAGGUGGACGUGGAGGACGCGGUGGUCGUGGCGGACGAGGAGGCCGCGGUGGUCGUGGAGGUCGUGGUGGAAGAGGUGGACGCGGAGACCGCCGAGGUGAUAAGCGGUCAGCAAACGAUGAAGGUGCAGAUGGAUCUGAUGAGCCAAAGGCUAAGCGUACUGUGUUCGCUGAGGAUGGUGCUCCAGCUGCUGCUGCCGCCGAGUAAUUUCAUCUUUUGUUGAACAAACCCAAAAAUCUCAUUCUUUUUUUUUUACUUUUUCCUCCAUUUUUUGUUGUUAUCAUUAUUGUUGUGUUGUCCCCCCAUUCAUUAAUCUUGAAUACCCUCAUUUUGUUGACUUCUCACUCUUUUUAACAUCUCUUUUACUGUAUUAUUACCAAUUUAAAAGAGUUGCGGUUUUGAUUUAUAAAUUAUUCGGAU